AUGGCUAAAUACCAAGCGUGCAUCCUUGGAAUCAGAAUAGCAGUCGACAUGAACAUCAAAGAGCUUUUGGUCAUAGGAGAUUUUAAUUUGCUGGUACACCAAGUCCAAGAAGAAUGGUCUACCAAGAAUGUCAAGAUACUGUCGUACAUGCACUGCGUGAAGGAAUUGUGCAAGAAGUUCACAAAGAUUGAGUUCAAACACGUCCCCAGAAUUCAUAACGAGUUCGCCGAUGCCCUUGCAACCCAAUCAUCUAUGAUUCAGCAUCCACACAAGAACUACAUCGACCCUAUUGAGGUAGAGAUCAGGGAUCAACAUGCAUAUUGCUUCCAUGUGAAUGAAGAACCAAAUGGUAAAUCAUGGUAUCACGACAUCAAGAAAUUCCUUUCGACCCAGGAAUACCCAGAGAUGCUACUAAUGGUCAAAAGUGAGCCCUCAGGAGGUUAG